AGUGUGUGGAGUCUGUGGAGCGCGUUAUCAUCGCGCCACAGUGGCACGUCCCCCUUAUCUGCAGCCUGCGCGCAGCAACCCGCGGCCACCGCAGACGCACGGAGUAACAGCAGGGGGUGUGGGGGUGCAUCACGGGAGACGCACCAACACCUCGGGAAGAUGUCUGGCUUCGCUGGGAACGUGGACUGCGAGGAUUGUUUAUCUCCUGCACAUGUGGCCAAUAACAGCACGGAGCUGCACCUGCACCCAUCCACCGUGGAUGAGGACGACGAACUUCUCAGAUACAUCUGGAGAGAGUACUUACACCCCAAGCAGUACGAGUGGGUUCUCAUUGUGGCUUACAUUAUCGUGUUCUUCGUUUCACUCAUUGGAAACUCGCUUGUUUGUUUUGCAGUGUGGAAGAACCGGCACAUGCGCACCGUGACCAACUAUUUCAUUGUGAAUCUCUCCUUCGCCGAUGUCUUGGUCACCAUCAUCUGCCUGCCUGCCAGUCUCGUGGUGGACAUCACAGAGACGUGGUUCUUUGGAAACACUCUCUGCAAAGUUGUGCCUUAUCUGCAGACCAUCUCUGUUUCUGUGUCAGUCCUAACGCUGAGUUGCAUAGCCCAGGACCGUUGGUACGCUAUCUGCCACCCACUGAUGUUCAAGAGCACUGCCAAGAGGGCUCGCAAGAGUAUCGUAGUUAUCUGGGUUGUGUCAUGCAUCAUCAUGAUCCCGCAGGCUAUUGUGAUGGAGUGCAGCAGCUUGCUGCCUGAACUCACAAACAAGACCAGCCUGUUCACGGUGUGUGAUGAACAUUGGAGAGCUGAGAUCUACCCGAAGGUGUAUCACACCUGUUUCUUCAUUGUCACCUACUUUGCACCAUUAUGUCUCAUGGUCCUGGCGUAUAUCCAGAUAUGUCACAAGCUGUGGUGUCAACAGAUUCCCGGGAGCACAUCAGUGUUGCAGAGGAAGUGGCGGUCCAUCCAGUGCUCGGCCCCGGUGCCGGGCCCUGGAGAGCCUGUCAGGGUCAGGACCAGCACGGUUUGCGCAGAGAUCAAACAGGUCAGAGCUCGACGCAAGACAGCUCGGAUGCUGAUGGUGGUGCUGUUUGUUUUCGCCCUGUGCUACCUGCCCAUCAGCGUGCUCAAUGUCAUGAAAAGAGUCUUUGGGACUUUCAAGACCACCAAUGACCGAGAGAUGGUGUACGCGUGGUUCACUUUCUCACACUGGCUCAUCUAUGCCAAUAGUGCAGCAAAUCCCAUCAUCUACAAUUUCCUCAGCGGGAAGUUCCGUGGGGAGUUCAAAGCAGCGUUUUCUUGCCACUGUUAUGGCCAAGACCAAAAUCAAACACAGAGGAUACGGACCAGAACGAGCACAGAUAGCCGGAAAUCUCUGUCCACUCAAGUCAACAACAUGGACAGUGUGUCACGCAUUUCAGAUCAAAUAGUGUAGUCUUAUUAUCCAGGUAAGGGGCCGAUUCUAAACCAGGUUCAAAGGCUAAAGGUGAACAAACCUCUGAAAAGACAAGAAUCAGUGUCUCUAAACAGUGAAUUUCAUGCUUUUCUGGAAACUGGAAUCUCUCUUUUCUUUACAUGAUCAGGUACAAAGGACAUUGUAGUUCACAUAAACUUUCUAUUUAUUAUCAAUAAUAUUUAUUAUUCAUUUUGACGGUUAUUAUUUAAUUUCCACGUGACUUUGGGCACACAAAUAUUUUUGUAAAUGUAUUUAUUUUGUAUUUGUUAUAGUUAGUUCAGUGGAUUUUCUGUGGCAGGGAGUUGCAUUAGUGGGCAGGCUCUUCUUUGUUUUUAUUGUUUUAGUUAGUUCAGUGGCCAGAAUCAGUGUCGCAGAUCAUGCGAUUAUGGUUGUUUACAACAGUAGAAGAGCAGGUGUUUUAGAGAGUCGGUGUAAUUUUCCUCCUUAAUGAGCACACGUCCAUCUUCAGUUUUCAUUGUAAAUGUCCAUAAAGCUGCAUAAAUGGUAUGUAAAUGAUGCCAGAAUGUCAAAGAUCAUGAAUAUCAAUUAAAACAUAGAAUUUAUUAUAUUUAUUUUUUGCAGCUGCACACUAUGUUACUGUGUCCAGCACCAAUGUGAAAUUAAGUGUUUAACACCAGAAAUCAGGAAAUGAAGAACUUCUCCUCUGUUCUAAAGAACGGAUGCAUUUUUUAUCACUGGGGGAGAAGCGACGCCCGGCCGAUAAGAUCCAGCCCAGCAGCUGUACUGACAGAAAAACUGUGGGUGUCAUUGGAAUUAAAUAAAAAACAUUUACAAAACAGUACUAAGCUGCACUUUGAAACAUGGAAUGAAAAACAUAUUCCUGAAAUAUACUUAUAAAUCUACAAGAUCUAUUCUAAGAUAUAUUUAAAACAGUAUUGCCUGUUGACAUGACCCCUGUCAAGUUUUGCCUAUUUUCUUACUCAAUGUAUUUCUAUAUCAAACUGAAUAUUGAACUCAUUAUCUAAUUCAGUCAAUUCCAGGUCAGCAACAUUUGUUUGCAUGAGGCCUGUAAAUGAUAUUAAAAUAUUUCAACUGCAAAUUGCAAUCUUGUAGAAAGAUAAGCUAAUUUCCCAUCACAUUCUGAUUUACUUGGAGAGGCCGAUAUCGACGUGCGUAUCUUCAACUGAGAGUAAAAGUUUACAGCAUGUUUCUUUAAAUGAGACAUGUUUUGAACAGGCACCUUUGAUUUGGCAUUCAGUGAACGUACCUCAAGCUUCUUUGUUUUAUCAAGGAACUCUGCCAAAAAUAAUAAUUUCCCCUCCUUCUCCUUCUUCUUCUUCUUCUUCUUCUUCUUCUUCUUCUUCUUCUUCUUCUUCUUCUUCUUCUUCUUCUUCUUCUUCUUCUUCUUCUUCUAAAAGGAAGAAAUAUAAGCACAUACACUUUAGUAUAUUUUAUUACAGAAUAAUAUAUUGAUCCCAUGAAUCUUUUUGAAUGUAUUUGCAGGUAGCAACCCUGCAUAUGCAAUAUUGAGCAAGCUCAGAUUUAAAGUUGGCUAAAAGUUCAGGUUUUUAACAUAAUUUGAACGAUGCACCUGAGCAGUGGGAAUAAAAGAAACAGGAGUUUAAAUAAUCAUGUGAAUGAUCUGUAUAAAAAUAUGACUUUUGCUGAAUUUUAAAGUUUAAUCUUACAUUAACAUCAGCAAACUGUGCUCGCAUGUCUGAUGUUUUUGACGAGACUCUUGAUUCUUGGAUGUGGGAUCUUUGAAAAUCAAAGAUAUCUUAUAAAAUGCUCUUUUCCAACGCACAGUGUCCUUCAUCAACAAAGCCAUGCAAUGCAUUGGCCUUUACUUCCAUUUUUCAACAGUUUAACAAACACAUAUUUUCUUUUCAAGCUGAAGUCUAUAUCAACAUAUUGCAUUAGGAUAUUUGUCAUUCUUUUUAAAAUGUAUUGUUUAUUUAACUGUGGUUUUUAACUUUACUUGAAUUUGCCACGAGACUGAUUCUGUUCUCCUUUUGUUUAUUUGAGUAUUUUUUACUUCAGCUUGCACCAUGAUUCAUAUUUGCUGCAUGUUUUGAAUGUGCUCAACAAAUGAAUGGACUUGAUUUGAGCAUUUUACCAUAUGAGAGUCACUAUGUGUUGAUUAACAGUGAAGUGAGUGGGUUUUAAACAAAGCGUAUUAAUUAGCCUUCAGCUUACUUUUGAUCUUACACAGUUUAAUGUCAUUUUGAACGUUUAAGGUUCAUGUUUCCUACAUAAUAGUGUAAUUCUAUUUAAUUAUGCUGUUCUAGGAGAACAAGAUUUGCUCGGAACGGAUGACAAUAAAGAUAAUUUUCAAAAGAAUUCAAAAAAUACGUUGGAACCCAUACUUCAAAGGAGCGCGACUUCUGAAGUUUUGCUUCAUGUGGAUUAGUUUACAUACGUUUACUGUACCUCAUUUUAUUUAUUUAUUUAUUAGUUAUGGGCCACAUUUAAUAUGGAAUUAUGUGUAAUGUGAUGUUACAAAACAAAGAUUAGCAUAAAAAAGGUCCCAUUUAAAUCUGAUCAUUUUAAACUGUGAAACUGAACAUUUUUAAGCUGUGAAACUUCGUCAGAUCUCACAUCGUAUGUAAAAUCAUCUAUGAUCUGUAAACAAAACAAAAUGCUACUUUCAAAUGCUUUGAAACAGCAGUGAAGAGCUGUGGUGACAUGUCUGCUGUGAUGCAUUUGUUCCAUCUAAUGUGCAUAAACGGAGCACACACUGUAGCAACAGAGCUGAAUUUGUAUUUAAUGAUCAUUUAUGAGUAUAAUUUAACUUUGUCGUCAAUGCUUUGUCAACAUUUUGUGAAACCUCAAUGUAUUUCUUAUUUUUCUUUUGCAUUUGUUCUUGAAAGCAGCCGAUGCUUUUUUGUUUUUGUUUGAAUGCUGUGUUACAAGAAAAGUGUCAGUUCUAGUUUUAUAUCAUUAGCUUAACAGAAAGAAGAUACAAUUUCAGCACAACCAACAUUCAAUUUUGUAUUUUUGCGAUUGGACAAAAGUUUCAUCCAAUCAAUGGCUGUAGGGUUUUAGUGAGCUUAUAAAUCCCGUGAACCUCAAACUGAACUAACAAAAAAAGCCAGUAUGUUGAAAAUCGUCUCCAUUUCUGUCAUAUUCAAUACAGUGAUUUAUUUCUUUGGUAAAACACUUUUUGAUCUUCACCAUCCAUUCAUUUGUCCUUGACUCCACCUUCUUCGGACUCAGUGUUUCUGUUCUAUUGUGAGCUGUGGAUUGUUUAGUUGUGAGUUUAUUCCUCAUGUCUGUAUUCCUUCAAAUCAAUAAAAAAAGAUCUGCCUA